CAGAGCAGCAACAGCACAGAAGCGGAGUAGCGGACGGGAACCAGUCCUGCACCCAGCGCUUCUCAGCGGGGAGGGGGUUUAAAACAGAACCUAGCCCAGCUGUUUGUUCUGUACCGCGAAACACACCCCCUUACCUUAAUACAGCGGUAUACAAUAAGCAUUAUUAGCAAGUCUUGGCCUCUGUUGUCGGUGUUAGACAGGCGAAUAGAUAAAAAGCGAGGAUGUUGGUCCCCGCGGGAAGAUAAUGAAGGAGCUGCGCGUGUCGUUGCUGUGCGCCGUUUUAGCUCUCCUGUGCUGGCACUCUUGUCAUCAUGUUUGUUCAGAAGAGAUCUCCUCUGGCCCAGGACUCCCUGCACAGGAUGACAGCCGUUACGCAACGCAGGAACCAGGGGCCAGCGAAAAUGUUGAAGAGGAAAGAGCAACUCACACUCAGUCAUCAUAUGACGUGGGGCUGGAAACAGAGAGAGCUGCGCUAAAGGAAACAUCAUUGCACUCACAAGACGCCCCGCCUGAAGAGAAACGCAAACAGACUGUACAUUUGGAAGAAGUGUUGGAGGAGCAGCAGAUUCCGCUUGAGUCUCCUCUCCUUGUGCUAGAACAACAACAGCAGCAGCAACCAGAACCCCAGAGCAUCCAACAAUCAGAGCAACAACAAUCAGCUCAGCCACAAAAAUCUACGCAGCCCCAAACAUCACCGCCACUCUCCCAGCCCCAGCAAGACCCUGAAACUCCACAGCCCACUGCCACAGAGGACCAGGCUGCCCCUGCCUCUGCUGCUUUAACCCCUCCACAGACUGACCCGCACAGAGAAGACCCCUCUGCACCUCCUGCUGAACUCCAGAAGAGCCCAGAAGAGUCAGCGUCUCCUACCUCAGUCACCUCCUCCGACAGCUCCUCCAGUGGACUAGACGUUGCGCGUCCUGAUGCCCCUGUAGAGAACUCUAGUGCCAGUCAGUGUGAGGUGGGCUCUGUGCCCUCCUUCAGCCAGUCCCUUGGCAUCACGCUCCCCAGUGUUGUGGAGGAAAAUGCAGAAAAGCAAGCAGAGGACCAGUCUCCCACAUUGGGAGUACAGAGUACAGAGACCAGCGUUGACCCGACUGCCACUCUGCUCCCGAGUGAGCUGGACCUCACAGAGCUGGGGCAGAAAGCCAGUAUACCUCCACUUUCAAAAAGCCAGCAGAUGAUGGACCAUGAGGGAGCGACAGACCCUCCUGUGCCCAGUAAAGAGGACAUUCCCACUUUUGAUGAGUGGAAGAAGAAAGUGAUGGAAGUAGAGGAGAAGAAAAGUCUGUCUAUGCACACUUCAUCAAAUGGUAGCCCUCAUCCAGUCAAAAAGGUCCAAAAGAAUUUCAAGAAUAACUACGCUUCUGUCGAGUGCGGGGCCAAAAUCCUCUCGGCCAACAAUGAAGCCAAGAGCACGUCUGCCAUCCUGAUGGAGAACAUGGAUCUGUACAUGCUGAACCCCUGCAGUACCAAGAUCUGGUUUGUUAUUGAGCUCUGUGAGCCAAUCCAGGUGAAGCAGCUGGAUAUUGCAAACUUUGAGUUGUUCUCCUCUACACCAAAAGAUUUUCUUGUGUCUAUAAGCGACAGGUAUCCGACCAAUAAGUGGAUCAAGCUGGGCACCUUUCAUGCCCGUGAUGAACGCACAGUACAGAGCUUCCCUCUGGAUGAGCAACUCUAUGCCAAAUAUGUCAAGAUGUUCAUCAAAUAUAUGAAGGUUGAGCUGCUUUCCCACUUUGGCUCUGAACACUUCUGUCCACUCAGCCUGAUCAGGGUUUUUGGCACCAGUAUGGUGGAGGAGUAUGAUGAGAUCGCUGACUCUCAGUACACCUCAGAGAGAGCCGAGUAUUUAGAUGAAGACUAUGAUUACCCACCCGGCUACCUGCCAUCAGAGGACAAGACUUCGAAGAAUCUGCUGGGAUCUGCCACAAACGCCAUCUUGAACAUGGUAAACAACAUCGCAGCAAAUGUGCUAGGAGGGAAACCAGAGCUAGAGGACGGAGCGGAAAUGGAAGGAAACGUUUCCACUGGGACAGAAAACGUCACACAGGCGUCAGCAGAAACCUCACUCACGCCAGAACCCACCCCUACUGAACAGCCCUCUACGCUGGAUUUACUUGAGCUGGAUCCCACUCUAGUGAAGGAGGACUUAGAGGUUCCUGUUCCCGAGGCUCCUUCAGAACCUCCCCCUGAGGAAAACCGUAUUGUCAUCCUCAUUGAGGAGGAAGAAGAGGCCACCCAGCCGACGGUGACCUUGCUGGAGGAGGAGCGAGAGGUGGAGAAGAGACUAGAGGAGAUUUGGGAGAAGGAGAGCGCCACGUACUGCGGCCACCUCUCGACUUUGUCCUGUUUGGCGUCUUUGCACGAACACUUCUAUUGCUACUGUUCGGCAGCUUUAGCACUACAGCGUCAGCGUAGAGACUGCCACCACAAAGCACAGCACACACACACCGAAACGGACUCUCAAACCACCCCUCAGCAGUCCCUCCCUGACACCACCCCAACCCAAGAGCCCUCUGCACCCUCUGAGAAACUUCCAGAAACAGAGCGGCCCUCUCAAGCACAAGCCGAGAGGAUUUCCCCUACUGAAACAGUGGCUUCUCCCCCUCAGUCCUCCAGUGGGGAGUCUGCGGUGAGCGAGCAGGAGCUCCCACCUGAAACUAUCCUGUUAGAGCCCAGUCGUACCUCAACCCUUCCCCCACACAGCCUCUCAGACACCCCCACCCAAAACAUCCCAGAGUCUCUACCCACAGGAGAACCCAUGGACCAGCGUCCGCAGUACCUGGUAGACAUCCCAGAAACCCUUACGCCCGUCAGCAGCACCAGCAGCCUUCUCUCUCCCAGUGCUGCCUCCUCUCCCCUCUCCUCCACCACCACUGAACCCCACAGCCCAGAGACGGACCCUCCCAAACAGGAGCUCCCCGUCCCCACCAAAGAGCCGACGGUUCAGCCGUUGCCCACCCACACUCGCCCCGCUGAUAUCCCACCUCCUACUGAACUCCCCGUCUCGCUUCCAGAGGCCUCGGAUAACGGCAGGACCGCAGGGCUUGAAGAUCCUCACCACAGUGCUGUGGCCACCCAACCAGAGCUUUCUGAAGCCCCUCUGUCUCAGCAAGAGGAGACUGUAGAUGACAUUCUGCUCCCACACCGCACCGCCGGAGAGUUUUACGCAGAGCAGCAGCAUUCGGCGGAAAUGGGCCACGGGAAUGGAAACGGCAACGGGAAUCAGGUGCACGGAUCCAACCAGAAGGAAUCAGUGUUCAUGAGAUUGAAUAACAGAAUUAAAGCACUAGAAAUGAACAUGUCCCUCAGCAGCAGAUACCUGGAGGAGCUCAGCCAGAGGUAUCGUAAACAGAUGGAGGAGAUGCAACGGGCUUUCAACAAGACCAUCAUCAAACUGCAGAACACCUCCAGAAUCGCAGAAGAGCAGGACCAGAAACAGACAGAGUCUAUACAGAUGUUACAGAGCCAGCUGGAGAAUGCCACCAAGCUCAUGCUGAACCUGUCUGCCACUGUUGCUCAGCUACAGAGAGAGGUGUCUGACAGACAGAGUUACCUGGUGCUGUCUCUGAUUCUGUGUCUGAUGCUGGGUCUGCUGCUCUGUAUGCAGUGCUGCAGGAGCUCACCCACUCACAACACCAGCUCAAGCAUUCCCAUGAGCAACCACUACCCCAGCCCUAAGAGGUGUUUUUCCUCUUACGAUGAUAUGAGUCUGAAACGGAGAGUGUCUUGCCCUCUCGUCCGUUCAAAGUCAUUUCAGCUGCCCACAUCAGAAGUAGGUCCUGAUGACUUGUACAUUGUAGAACCUCUAAGGUUUUCUCCAGGGAAAAAGAAGAAACGCUGCAAGACAAAAGGAGGGGAGCGAGUGGAGACGUUCCAGGCCUCCGUCCCCCCAGCGACGGUUGUUAAUGUUGAGCCCAGAUGCAAUGGUGAAUCAUCAUCUUUUCAAUUCCUGCCAUCAUCGUGCAACGGCUGUGUGUCCACCUGCUCGUCCAGGGACUGUGUGUCAGAGGGCAGCUCCGAAAGCUCUGCUUCUACACUGUCUGAGGAGUCGUUCAGCAGCGCCCCCUCCAUGAACGGACACGACCCAAACCUGUGCAACGGCGAGCCCCCAGCGCCCUUCCCUCCAGCCAGGAACAAGACUGAGAAGAGGUCACUGAAACGACGCAAGUCUAGGAACGCUGAGCAGCAGGAGGCCCUGCGUGUGGGGGAGAUACUGCAUGCAUCACUUCCUGUGACGGUCAUGCCCACGCUGGAGGAACUCAUGAAGGGGAAGGCAGAUCUGGCCGUGGCCACUUUCGGAAGGACAGCUGUAACGGGACGAGUUUGAGUUCUUAUGCCACCAUCUUUCCUUUUCUUGUUCAAUCUCAACACUGUUUUGAGAUUUUAUUGUGAGCGCUGAUCCGGACGCCGCCUUCACUUCAUCCUGGUUCUCUUAACUUUGGUUAUGUGCCUUUUUUUUAUCCAUUCAGGAUCGUUUUUUGUUAUUCCCUUUAACUUUUUUUAUUCUUCUGGGAAGGUUCUGACUGCUAAACAUUCACAAGUAUGAAUGAGACUUGAUUUGAUGUUUUCUGAACAUUCAUACGGCUCAUGCAAAUGUGGCUCUGCGUCACCGUGACCAGGAGUUUAGACGGGGAACGUGUGAACUGUCUGAUUUCAAUUCCGGCAAACACAUUCAACGUGUUUCUUUACACUAACACGACCCUCUUUCACUGUCCCUUUAAUGCUCUCGCUCUCUCUUUUCCUUCCUCGAUGGAAGUAUAAAUC